GAGAAUAUUUUUCAUUAGUCUUAUAUAGAAGAGGUACUAUGCUCUUAAUAAUGAAAACGUAUAUCCAAAUGAAAUGUGAUCAGCGCGUCUUGUGAAUAGGUUCUUGAAUGAGCAAAGUAUCAGGUGAAGUUUACGUCCAACAUAAAUAGUGAGUAGAAGUAUUUCAAUAAGUUAAUACAGGGAUUGCCGCCAUAAGCUGUUUCAUAUCGAAGGGAAAAAAUAUUCAUAGUCGGGAUUACGGGAGAUCAGUAGCGAAUUCACUACGAAUGUUUUUACUUUCAAGGUAAGUAAUGAGAAGUACCAGUAACAGAUACAUAUUUUAUAUCCAAACACAAGUCUGAAAAUGGGUGAAGCUCCCGGACAAAUUUAAGGAAAACAAACAAACUCCCAUAGGAAACGAUCUAUUGAUACACUUUACACUCAAAAUUAGCCACUAUGAUUCAAGUCACAACUGAAGGAUUGCGUAUAGAUGAACUACUUCACAAAAUGCACUUGAAUGAAUUUUGACUGCACUAGAUGCGGAAAAUAGAGAUGAUGCAGGUCAACAUUUCCUUAUAGACUCGAAGUGAAUAUAGGUUUUGGAAUUAUUGUGGUAAGGGGAGCACGAGCACGUGAUGAACUAUACGCUGAAAAAAAAAUAGCUGAGUCAUGAAAACCGAUGAAACAAAUUAUUCCAGUCAUGGAUCUCCUAUCACAAGGAAGGCUUGAUGAAUUGAAAACUUAUUAGCACAGGCAGUACUACACAAAUAUGGCAGUAUUAGUCUAGGGACGUUUCUGUGGUUAUUCAUAUCGAGGACUUACCUUGCAUUGCAGGACCAGGAAGUAUCCUACGGCAUCUGUUGCAGGAAGUGGUCAAUUAUUAUUCUACAUAACAGUCAUUGGUACAAUUUUUGGGUUAGGGUUGCUUUUUUCAGCUUCCUUACUGAACAAUAUCAUUACUAUUCCUGAUCCUCUCCCCUCCCCCUCCCCCCCCCCAAAAAAAAAAGGUGACGAUAAGCUGCGUAUUUUUCAGAAACAUAGGAAUCUUAACAAUAACAGCAGCUUGUAUGUACCUGAAUUAAUAUUUGGGGUUUUCUGUCUUUCAUCACCUUGUUUAAUUUGACAUAGAAAAGUAUUCACAAUAUUAGGGCACAAGCAGUGUAAAGUACAGUCUCUUGCGUGUGUUUGUAUUCUUAUUAUUACAAGCAUUGAUCUUCGACGCAUGAAAUCCUCGAUCAAAAGGACGAAAAUGGGCGGGUUAGCCGCCGAAACCUUUGCGGCCUUGGAUGCGAUGGAGGAAAACAUGCGUGAGCUUGGGAUUGAUCAUGAAGGUGCCGAGGAUCCCGUGAAAGGGGAUUCUAUCGCAAACGCCUCCUCCGCCUAUUUGAAACGAAUCCGCGCCCGAAAAGACGAGCAGCAGAAGUUGCGCGUGGAGCGGGUUUUGCGGGAGUUUCUCGCCGGUUCCCAACUCGGGGAGGCCAACGACCGGCCGGGGCCCGCCGAGUACGGGGGGCGGGAGGUGGCGAAUUGCCUCGAGGAGGCCACGGCGCUGCUGCAAACGGAGCGCGCAAGGGCCCAUCACGAGGCGGAGCGGCGCCUCGAACGCGAGCUUCAGCAUCGUCUGCGAUGGGAGCAAAUCGAGAAAUACCGCGCGCUGGACGCGACCCCCCGGCCGCUCCCAACGGAGGGAGGGGGGGAGAGGGUUCCCUCAUGCGUCCUCCCCCCCGCGGUCGACUGCGAGACGGCCGCCCGCGCCGCGAGCGAGGCCUCGGCGGGGAGUUUAGCCCCCCCCGUUGAGCCGGCGGACGGGCACUGUCGGGCAAUAGCCCGGGGGUUGGUGGAGUUGGCCGUUUGCGUGUCGAAUAAUCGCUUUUUAGAUGCGGAGGACAUCCACGGAAGGCCCGUGCGCCGCCUCGUGCAGGACCUCCCGGUCACGACGUGGCGGACAUGGGUGCGGAAGUAUCUGUGGGGCCUCCACGACGAGGCGGAACCAUGGCGCGCCCAUUCCAAACCAGGAUGCGAACACCACCUCAGCGACUUGCCCUCCCUUGAGGCAAACUCCCCAAGCGUCGUGGAGUCCCGGUCCCUGCUAAGUUUGAAGCAACGUGGCGAAGAGGGUCUAAACACGGCCCAAACGCAUUUGGAGUUCGCAGCGCAGCAGAUGGGCAAUCAUCUCUCCGAUAUGCAAGGAAAGGCUGUAGAGGAGAUCCUGGAAGGUCUGCGAGUGGAAAAGGAACGCCAGCGACGAAGUUUCCUUGACGACAUUCGACGACGGUUUGAUGAGAGUCAGCGGGCUGCCGAAGACGGAGGGGUGUUGGAGAGCAAUGUGGCUACCUCACCAGAUGCCUCGAACAGUGCUUCCAUUGGGCAAAACUGCGGCCUCCCCAUUCGACAAAAGGAAGCGAUUCCUGGCUGGAUGUACCGCAUGCCACCUGCCGGCUGUUUUGUAUUUGGUGACGAUUUGAGUGGAGUAGGUCUAUGUGCUGACAAUAUUGAAAAGGCCUACACAGCGUCCGUAGCUCAUUCUUCUUCUAUACGGCGUCCCAGUCAAGCAGGGGGCGUUGCGGAGGAGUUGAAUUCGUCCUUCAGCAUACACAACACUACUACGCCUUUAGGAAACGUUUCAUUUUCGUUUUCAAAGGUCGAGGAUGGGUGCCAAAAAAUAUUUUUGACCCCCCGUAUUUUCCAGGCGGCCGGACGAUCUCCCCUCACGUCUCGUAAUCGUUUGGGGAUCAACAACAUUUCGAACCUUAAAAACAUUUUUAGACGCGCCUCACUUCAUGCUUCUGAAGAAGAUGACCAUCGUGAACUCGACACCACGGCCGAGCAGCUUUGCCAUGAGCUCGUUAACACCCACUUACACAAUCUGCAUGUCCUUACCUCUGGCCUCGUGCCCGCGAUUCGGUGGACUCUUGGUUCCCCAUACCAAUAUAAGGAACAGCCCCAUGGAGGCACCCCACCCGCUUCACCUCACAGCGAGCCUAACGUGUUGGGCGAUCAGAUGCCGCCCCUACGCUUCUUGUUUCUGUUCAACUUCCCGAAUUCCGCGUCCUUCUAUCGCCUUCUGCAGCAGAAAAUGCAAGUCGUUCUUGAGUCCGCGGAGCUUUUCGUGCAAGGCGUCAUCCAGCGUCAGUACCAGAACAGUUUAGUGGAUUCGAACCCCAUGUCGAACUUAGCUUCCCCGGCCCUUUUUCGUGGGGCGGGGAACUACGGAUCCAAUAAGUCGCGGUCCACCUCCCUAUCCAAUCAAAACGCCUCACAACGAUCCAAAGGGGGUCGAGCGGGGAGUGCACGCGGCAAAAGCAUCCGAAACCCCACAAGUGUGGUGGUGGUUGAUAGCAAUCCGAAGGAUGACCCCGCCUCCACCCAAGGCCCACUGGUGAUUCUCCCGCCCCUCUGUGUUCUGGGUUUUUUUGUGGAGUACACCCUCCCCACACGGCAACGCCGACUACAGGAGGCGUACUUUCACCUCCCGGAGACCCGUGGCGGGCGAAACUCCGAUGGGACCAUCGACACCGUCUCCUCCACGAACACCGGCGUCUCGUCCCAGCAGGUUUUUCAUAGUACCCUUCGCCCGGAGUACCCCUCCACGGGCCUCUCAGCCAAAGAAGGGAAUCUGACCUCCCCGGUCCGGGGCGGGCCCGCCUUCCCCAGCGGAAGCCUGACGCAGACGCAGCACCCCAAGGCCGGCCCCUGCACCGCCACCGGCCCCUGCAACGGGGGGGCCAACCCCAAGAAGUCCCGGACGGUCCGCAUGGCGAGCUGGAGUGCCGCCUGCCUGCGCCGCGAGCUGCUCGUGGAGGAUAUGAACAUGCGGCGCUGGCAGGAGGACUGGAAAAAUGCGUUCGAGCCUACCACCUCCGCGAUUGUCCCGGAGCCAACGGUGACGAACAACCUGCAGUCGGGUCGAGGGACUAAUCCAAACCCCAUGUAUGGUCAUAGCAAGCAAUCGGGAAAAAGGAAACCUACAAACACCUUGCAAAGUCAAAGCGAUGCAAGUGGGGCGAACACGUCCCUCCAAAGUGAACAUGAAAAGUCCAACCCCGUCCCACAAGGUGUUUCGACUGGGAGCGAAUGCGUUAGUAGUGCGGAGGUCGCCGCUACGUCUCUAAAUUUCCCACGUGUCCUCUUCUUUUUUCAAAAGGAAGAGGUUGACUUCAACACGACUCCUUUCAAACCUAACUCCAAUAGCGGGAUGGAUGGAACGCUUUGGGAAGAGAGCACAAAAUCCCCCGCACACCAUAUGCCGGAAAAUAUCGAUGAAAAGACAAAAUCAUCCGAGUAUCUGAUAUCUCGAAUAACCGAAUCGCUGCGCAACGCAUCCCUAUCUGACAAACUCUUUACAAAUGAGAGCUUAUGUCCCCAUCAGCUUCCGCCGCCCUUGCGGCUAAGCGAUUAUCGACUCUCAUCAUCGGCCUGCGGUGAGCUCGUGCAGGCGCAUCGUAAUCAUUCCACCCGCUCUACGCCUCCACCAGAGCCCGUCACUACUAAUGUGGACGAGACCACUCGAAUAGAUGUGCUUCAAGCUGAGGUUAAUGUAUUUGGGUGUUUGAUGCGCUUUCUGGCGCAACUAUUACACCUCCUUAGAGAUUCUGCCCUCUUUCGGCUAUUAUGCUGUGAAAACGUAGACGAUGAGAUGAAGCAGACAGACAUAUCAAACUCUACAAAGAUAUUCGGUAAUAGCAAGACGUUAUAUUACUCUACCGUGGAUCGCAGUUUUCAAGGCGAUCAAAAUAUUGUGAACGUUAUCGCAAAGGAGUAUAGACAAAAAUUAGUUGAAGCGUGUUGCGUAUGGCUAGGGCGGCAACUUGUCUUGGGUCUGGAGACCAUGGCAGGCGGAUUGGAAAUAAUGAUUUCGGAACUCAAACGACGCUUCACAGGUUACCUUACGCCAAGUACGACGGAGAAGGAGUCCUGUGCAGCGCCUUCUUUGUUAGUGAUGCUUCCCGUACUUGAUGGCGGUAGGCUAAAUGAACUUAUCAGCUACUUGAUCCAGGCAUCUACUCCUUCUGACGCAUCCUGCAUCUUCUGGGAGGGCUUGAAUGCGUACUUUAAGGACGUCGAAGCUGCUGCUGUGGAGUGUGUGAUGGGGUAUUUAACGUCUGAGGUUGCGGGAAGGGUUGAUAAUGAUCCUUCCUCCUCGAGCAACCUCCAAGUGGAGCCCUUGAACCGCGCGAUGCUGGAGUCCCUCGUGCCAGUAAUGGUGAAGAAACUUCUUGCUCACCUCUUUGCCCUUCCACAUGUCGACCAGUCUCCAACACGGAGCCCUCCGCCCAUGAACUUCUAUCACGGUGAGCAAAUUGAAGUGUCGUCUUAUAUUACGCGUUGCGGUGAUCUUCUAUGCGAGGUUGUGCACUGCUUUAACAUAGGUGUCAAUAGUUGCCUCGAUUGGCUCCAAGGAAUGUACCAGGCUGCGAUUAAUAGGCCGAGCGACGAAACGUGUCCGAUUCUGGUGCGGCCUCGUACCGUGCCGGAAAUCUUUCUCCCCCCGGCCUCUAUCAAUAACUACGGUGUUGAAAAAGAGAAAGGGAAUGCCUUAUCAGGGCUAAACGCAUGGACACAUCUGAAUCUGAAGCUUUUUGUCACUUCCUUUUCCAUUUUCGGGCGCCCAAUGCUCAAAGAGAACGAAUUCCUCUACGCAAAUGUUUUGACGCAGCUGGCUCGAAUUGAACCUUUGUUACCAAGUGCCAACGACACCCCAAGCGAAUCCUGUCUUAAGGAUGAAGGGCAAGGAAACGGUGCGGUGAUGGAGACGUCAGGUGGCCAUUACUGGCUUGAUUCCUUUCUUCUUAACGUUAGUUGUCGCGCAAAUACAACGACACCAUUGAGCUUUCUGUCGCUGGAGGAGAUGCAGAAUCUCUUCAGGCAAACCUCAAAGAUCCCAAGAGAGGAUGACAUUCCACACUCCGCCGACGGGGGUGGCUUGGAGCCUCAGAUCCUUGCCAGUGCUCGGCACUUUAUCACCAACCUCGCCCUACGUCGCUGGUGUUUCUGCAAUAGUGAGAAUCCCAAAACGGGGUCCCCCUGCGCGUCGGUCUCGGCGAUUCCAGACCCCACGAUGCGGGAGCUGCGUGCGGUGAUCCUAACCCUGCCUGCCCAACUCUGCUGCCAGAACCCUGAGGCCGUUCUAAACGGGGAGACUUCAGGGGGUCCGGACCUCAACGGGAAGGCGGCCUGGCAGUCGAUGAAGUGGUGGUGGCUGAAGUCCCCGAUCACGCCGGCCAAUGGCGGCACGGCAAAGCGAAGGGUCUGGACCCUCAAAAAUGAGGACCUCCCUUUAAUUUUACUCCACCUCCUGCGGUCCGACUUUGUGUUGGCACGUGGGAGGGGCGACGAUGGGCAUCACGGCCCCGCCUACCCACCCCUGCGGCGAGUUCUUAAGUUUGUGGCUCGAGUCGCUUACUCGAAAAUGGCAACCAUAGAACGCACCUUCCACACGAUUGCUGCCCUGCAGAGCCGUCAGAAGAUCGGUUUGCGGAGUAUCGACCGGGGAUCCAUAUGCGCCAUGGAAGGGGGCUCUAACUCUUCCAUGGCAAUGGCGGUAGACGAUUUGGAGCUGAAUGUGGAAACGUUUUGUGAAUUCUUUUCAAACGGUCCCGAGGCUACGAAAGCGCCGAUGCAGCUUGAGUGUGAUGUGCGCCUCAUGCUUCAAUGGGAAGGGGCACAAAACGUCACACUGCCACUACUUCUGUCCUCGCAUUGGGGGCGGCUGGUUUUGGCGAACCAUGCCUUGGACUGA